AUGAGCCAACCAUACAUUGCCUUGGGUUCUUUGUUAGCAAUGGCAGUGACCGUUGUGUUUGUCGGAGCUCACCGGCUCCGAAAAUUACUCCCUCAUAACGAACGUUUGGGAGUUCUUGAUUUAUCCGACGCCUUUGCUAUCCCCCUCAAUGGGUCUGUUACAUUAUUAUCCAUGUACGUUCUUCUUCGGCUACUUCCAAAAGAAUACUUCAUCGCAUUGAUUUCUCUUGGUAUCAACAUACUAGCCACGAUCUCAUUGAAGACGUUUAUGAGUUUAUACUUAAAGUCAAGUAUUCUUGCAGGCACACUUUCUGUUAUAAUUGGAACACUCAGCUUUUUGUGUGGAAAUUGGAUUGCAAGUAAUAUUCUGGCGUUUGUUAUGGGAAUUAGCGCUAUCGAAACAAUAGUGUUUGACAAUUUUUUCAACUCUUUUGUUUUAUUGAUUUGUCUUUUUUUCUAUGACAUUUUUUGGGUCUUUGGAUCUGAUGCCAUGAUUACUGUAGCAAGUGGAAUAGAUGGGCCUAUUAAGUUGGUCUUUCCAAAUGACAUUUUCGGUGAUCACUCUACGAAGAGUCUGCUAGGCCUUGGGGAUUUGGUUGUCCCUGGCAUUUUUAUUAGCCAGACAUUAAUUUUUUCUCGUGAUUUUGUAAAACGAGGAAAUUUCUACUUCAAUGUUGCAAUUAUUUCUUAUACGAUCUCUCUCGCGAAUACAAUGGCAGUUAUGAUAUAUUUCCAUCAUGGACAACCUGCUCUCUUAUUCAUCGUACCAUGGCUCCUAAUCACAUUUUGUAUAACUGCUUGGUACAGGGGCGAUUUAAUGGUGGCAUUUAAAUUCAAUAUUGAAAAAGUAUGUUCAGAGCAGAUAGAGAAAAAUGAUAUUAGUGGUUGCACCUCAGAAGAAAAUCUUUGGGAUUUUUCACCCACAAAGAUCCUACAAUAUUUGAAACUUUCCUUAGGGGAAGAAUUUAAAUCGGGGAAAGAUAAUAAGAAAGUCAAAUCAAAGGGGAACUGA